AUGGCCAAGCUCAGAGUAAGAAGCACCAUAAAAAAGAAGGUUGAAGGAAGCAUUUUGAAGCUCAUCAAGAUUAUCUUUGAGAAGCAUCAAAAGAGAGUCUUAAAAGGAAGAAAGAUUAUAUCAAGUUCAUACUUUGACGAUUAUGAAGGAGGAGAAGACACAACCACUGUGCCAGAGGAUGUGAAAGCAGGACACUUUGCUGUGGUUGCUGAAGAUGGAGAGGAACUAAAGAGAUUUGUGGUGCCAUUGAGGUUUUUAACAAACCCAACAUUCUUGAGGCUAUUGGAGCAAUCAGCUGAAGAGUAUGGGUUUGAUCAAGAUGGUGCACUAACCAUUCCUUGCAGCCCUAGUGAGCUUGAGAUGUUAUUAGCUCAGAGUUUGAGUAUAAAAUCUAUGUAA